UCAAUGCUGCAUAAUUCUUAUCGUACUUAAAUAAGAAGCAAUAAUGUUGAAAUCAUUUUUGAUAAAUUCAAUAUAGAAUAACUGGCAUAUUUGGAUAAAAUAUUUAACUGUUAGAAUCCAAGAUCUUUUCUUCAGUUGUGAUUAAGAUUAUAAUGAGACGAAUGUUGGUUUUGCUGUUUAUAUUUAUGAACCAUGUUUUCGAAUCCUCUUCUACAUGUUCUUGUCCAAAAGAUGUCAGUCCUGUUUGCGGAGUUGAUGGCAAUACCUUUGAUAAUGAGUGCGAAAGUGUAUGCUUUGAUGUAAAGGUUAAAUGCAAAGGUAAAUGUCCCUGUAAUGAUUUGUGUGACUGUCCAAAAACAACCAGUCCUGUUUGCGGAGUUGAUAACAAAACAUAUGUUAACCAGUGCGAAGCUAAAUGCGCUGGAGUGAAGGUAAAAUGCAAUAGUAAAUGUCCGUGUGUUAAUUUGUGUUCCUGUUCAAAAAAGUACAGUCCUGUUUGCGGAGUUGAUGACAAAACAUAUGAUAAUAAGUGUAUAGCUAAAUGCGCUGGAGUGAAGGUAAAAUGCAAUAGCAAAUGUCCGUGUGUUAAUUUGUGUUCCUGUUCAAAAAAGUACAGUCCUGUUUGCGGAGUUGAUGACAAAACAUAUGAUAAUAAGUGUAUAGCUAAAUGCGCUGGGGUGAGAUUUAAAUGCAAACGAAAAUGUCCCUGUAAUUUGUGUGCCUGUCCAGCUGUAUACAGUCCUGUUUGUGGGGAUUAUGGUCAAACGUAUAACAAUGCGUGUAAAGCUAAGUGCGCUGGGGUGACACCAAAGUGCAAAGGUAAAUGUCCCUGUAACAAGUGUGUCUGUAAAAAAAUAUACCGUCCUGUUUGUGGAGAUGAUGGUAGAACAUAUAGUAAUAGCUGUACCGCUAAAUGCGCUGGAGUCGACGUAAAGUGUAGAGGUAAAUGUCCCUGUAAGUUGUGUACCUGUAACAAAAAAUACCGUCCUGUUUGCGGAAGAGAUGGUAAAACUUAUAGUAAUAGGUGUAACGCUAAAUGUGCUCGAGUGAAAGUAAAGUGUUAUGGUAAAUGUCCUUGUGGUUGUAAAUGCUCGUUUGUGUAUCGUCCAGUGUGUGGUAAUGAUGGUAAAACAUAUACCAAUGCAUGUUACGCUAGAUGCUCGGGCAAAGCUGUAAAAUGUAAAAAACCUUGUCCAUGUUAUCAUAUUGGUUAAAGAUCUAUGUAGCCAUCAUUCUUUCCGUGGAAGAAUGUGUAUUUAUGUAAAAGAAUAUUCUGUUAUAUUUAGAAACACUGCUUAUAUGUUAAUUUAAAACCAAUUAUCAAAAAUACAAAACACAUGUUUUUCUUUU